AUGGAUGUGGUAAAAUUUCUUUCAUUGCCGGUUGAUAUACGUAAAAAUGUUUAUUUUCAGUUAGACUCAAGAUUAACUGAAAUUAGUCCUUCAACUUCUAAUGUUUUAACUCUAAAUGACGAAACGAAGGUCAAAUUAGAAGACUCCAAGAAGAAUUAUGAUAUAAUAAAUGCUCUGAAGUCUAUUUUCAAGCCUUAUUUUACCAUGUUUGAUUAUUUACCUAUGCUAAUGGACGAUUGGUUAGAGUAUGCUAUAUGGUUGAGGUAUGAUUCUAUAAUUUUGGAUUGUCUGAGAAUCAACCAUGCAUAUGAAGGUGAUCUACUAGGAUCCCUAGAUAUGAUUUAUUUGGAUAAUAAAUUUCGAAUGGGAUUCUUCGAUAAAAAUUGCUUGUUACAAGUAUGGUAUACUCCAAAAGAAUAUACUAAAUGGAUUCUUGAUUGUAAUCAAUUGCUUGAUCAGGAUCAGGCAACGAUAAAUAUUAGAUUUAAUUUAGAAUAUUUGAAGUCAAGAGGUGUUAAAAAUUGUAUUCACCAUUUAAAGAAAAAGGAAUUGUUUAACAUUGUUAAUGAAUUAACUCUUUAUCUUGAAGAUGAUGAAAAUUAUGGGGUUCUAAUUGAUCAUAGCAGUAAUAAUGACAACAAGAAAAAGCUCUCAAAUAAGGUAAUAGAUUAUAAGACCAGACUUUCAUCUCCAACUAUAACGAUGAUAUUACAAAAUAUAGAUUUAAUGAAAAAUUUAAAGAAGUUAAGUGUUAAAAAUGAAAGUUUAUUUCAAACUUUAAUAAAUUUGCAUGGGGCAAGAGAUAACCCUGGCAAAAUCAUAAACUCGUUAACUAGAAAGAGGAUAAAUUCGAUCGAAGUUAAAUGGAUCCCUAAUAUUACUUUAAAUAGGAUUGCAGAUUUCAGUAGAUGGGAAAAUUUAAAAGAGAUAAUAUUAGAUCACACUGGAGAUAUAGAUUUAAAUCAAAUUAUAUUACCAUACUAUUGUAAGAAGAUUAUAAUUAAAAAUGCAAACAAGCUAGUAUGGUGGGAAAUAAUGGAUUAUCUAUUCUAUUCUGUUGAAAAAAACAUUAGAAAUUCAAUGUGGAAUUCUGACAAUGUAGUAAAGGCCAAAUUAAAGAUCAAUCCAAAUGUAAAAGUGUCUGUUCUGAACAAACAGGUAAUUGAUAAAGAUACGGUCAAUAGAUUGAAAUUGAUAACUCAAACAAAAUGUAAACUAUUAAAUUACAUAUUUCUCUCGAAUAUUCAACAGGUUAGCGAUAGAUUAAUAAUCGUACCAGAAACAAUGAUUAAUAGUAGAAGGAUAAAAAUUUUCCAAGUUAAAAAUCUUCAAGAAAUUUAUAUUGUUUAG